AUGGAGAAGAAAAGCAACUACAGAGAGAAGCCCAUGAGAAGAGUGAUGAUGCAAGGUGCGAGUCAGUUUGUGGAGUCAGAUCCAUCUGAGUGGGAAGGUACGGACACCUUUUCUCCCGUUCUGCCAAGAGUGCAGUCAGGAGGAGUUGGCAGUAAGGAAUCAUCAAGGAACCCUGAGAUGUCGCGAGAGGGAAACAAAGAAGGAAUGGAGCAAGGAAGAGUGUCCGGAGACAGCAUGCGAGAAGAGAGGAUGGAUGUGCGAAGGAGGGAUGUAGGUGUGCAAGUGAAUAUGGAUGAAGAAAGGAUGGGCAACUCGGAAGAUGAUGUGCAGACGAAGGAUUCUCAGACCUCAAGUUCAGGAGAAGUUGAGCCCUCCCUUCUGAGCACAGCUGCUAAAAGAGAGCAAAAGAGGGUUAGAGGCCUUAAGGGGUCAAAGAAGCGAGAGUUGUGGAAUAGGAAAAAGGCUAGUCUGGGGUAUGGUGUUGGUUCAAGUUCUGGUAGAGGGAGAGUAAAAUGUGUGAGCUGUGGAAGGCUGCAUAAGGGAGUGUGUCUUGCACGGACAACGGCAUGUUUCAAGUGUGGACAAGAAGGGCACUUUGCGCGUGACUGUCCUACUUCGCCCAGGGUGGUACAAGCCCAGCGGUUAGCUACUAGGAAUGUAGGUCAGACCCGUCACCAAGGACGGAGAGGAGCAGACACAUCGGACACAGUGAUGCCAGGUAUGCUCACUUGUUCCUGUUCUGUUGUUUUGUGA